GAGCGACCAGCACUCUGCGCGGUGGGCCCCCAGCGCCCUCGGACCUUCAGCGGAUUUCGCCGCAAGGUCUGGGGAGAUAGCGGCGACCCCCCUCCACGCGGGUCCCGGCAGAGUCCGGUCAGCACCUCACAGGAACACUGGCCCUGCUACCGGAGCCCCAGGAGCCCCCAUGAGUGCCGGCGAAGGGAGUCCUGGAUAGUGAGGCCCUGGCUGAUCCAGGGGUGGGUACCCCAUCAUGCCGCCCAUUCUCCAGCGCCUGCAGCAGGCCACCAAGAUGAGCCGCAGGAAAAUCCUGCUGCUGGUGCUAGGAUGCAGCACCUUAAGCCUCCUCAUCCACCAGGGGGCGCAGCUCAGCUGGUACCCCAAGCUGUUCCCUCUGAGCUGCCCGCCUCUGCAGGACUCUCCGCCGCGCCCCAAGCACAUGACCGUGGCCUUUCUGAAGACGCACAAGACUGCGGGCACGACGGUGCAGAACAUCCUGUUCCGUUUCGCCGAGCGCCACAACCUGACGGUGGCCCUGCCGCACCCGAGCUGCGAGCAUCAGUUCUGCUACCCGCGUAACUUCUCGGCGCACUUCGUGCACCCGGCCACGCGGCCGCCGCACGUGCUGGCCAGCCACCUGCGCUUCGACCGCGCGGAGCUGCAGCGCCUCAUGCCGCCCGGCACCGUCUACGUCACCAUCCUGCGCGAGCCGGCCGCCAUGUUCGAGUCGCUCUUCAGCUACUACAACCAGUACUGCCCCGCCUUCCGGCGCGUGCCCAACGCGUCGCUCGAGGCCUUCCUGCGCGCGCCCGAGGCCUACUACCGCGCGGGCGAGCACUUCGCCAUGUUCGCGCACAACACCCUGGCCUACGACCUGGGCGGCGACAAUGAGCGCAGCCCCCGCGACGACGCCGCCUACCUGGCGGGCCUCAUCCGCCAGGUGGAGGAGGUCUUCUCGCUCGUCAUGAUCGCCGAGUACUUCGACGAGUCGCUCGUGCUGCUGCGGCGCCUGCUGGCCUGGGACCUGGACGACGUGCUCUACGCCAGGCUCAACGCGCGCGCCGCCAGCUCGCGCCUUGCUGCCAUCCCCGCGGCGCUCGCGCGGGCUGCGCGCGCCUGGAACGCGCUCGACGCCGGCCUCUACGACCACUUCAACGCCACCUUCUGGCGCCGCGUGGCGAGUGCCGGCCGCGCCUGCGUCGAGCGCGAGGCGCGCGAGUUGCGCGAGGCCCGAGAGCGCCUGCUGCGGCGUUGCUUUGGCGACGAGCCGGUGCUGCGGCCCGCGGCCCAGAUCCGCACCAAGCAGCUGCAGCCGUGGCAGCCUAGCCGCAAGGUGGACAUCAUGGGCUACGACCUGCCCAGCGGCCGCGCCGGUCCAGCCACCGAAGCCUGCCUCAAGCUGGCCAUGCCUGAGGUGCAGUACUCAAGCUACCUGCUGCGCAAGCAGAAGCGCCGAGGCGGCAUGCGCCUCCGGCCCGAACCGGUCCUAGACAACCCUCCUCCUCGGCCCAUUCGGGCGCUGCGCCCAGGCCACUGA